CAGAAAGUUUUUACUCUAUUAGAAAGGUCUUGGUUUGGUGCUCCAUUACAAUUCACUUGGCAAAAGACGUUGGGAAACUACCUAGCAGUGACAGGAGCUGACCAUACUGUAAAAAUCUUUGAUCGUCAUGGUCAAAAAAGGAGUGAAAUUAUUUUGCCUGGUAACUGUGUUGCUAUGGAUUGGGAUAAAGAGGGAGAUACCCUAGCAGUGAUUUCCGAGAAAUCUAGUUCCAUCUAUUUGUGGGAUGCCAGUACAAAUAAAAUUAGCCAAUUGGACAGUGGCAUGAGGGAUCAAAUGUCUUUUCUUCUCUGGUCAAAAUAUGGAGCAUUCUUAGCUGCUGGAACUGUGAAGGGAAAUUUGCUUAUAUAUAAUCGUCAGACUUCUAGAAAGAUCCCUGUCCUUGGUAAACACACUAAACGAAUCACGUGUGGCUGUUGGAGUUCAGAGAAUCUACUGGCCUUAGGAAGUGAAGAUAAAAUGAUAACAGUUAGUAAUCAGGAAGGGGACACUCUCAGACAGACUCCAGUCCGAUCAGAGCCUAGUGAUAUGCAGUUUUCAACAAUGAAGACUGACGACAGAAACUCUACUUCUGAAAGCACAAUAAGUGUGGUGGUUGGCAAGAAAACUUUAUUUCUUUUCAAUCUGAAUGAUCCAGAUAGCCCAAUUGAUCUGGAAUUUCAGCAGCGUUAUGGCAGCAUUGUUUGUUACAGUUGGUAUGGAGAUGGCUAUAUAAUGAUUGGUUUCUCACGUGGAAUUUUUGUUGUCAUUUCAACUCAUAUUCGAGAAAUUGGUCAAGAGAUCUUUCAGGCUCGGAACCAUAAGGAUAACUUAAGUAGUAUUGCAAUAUCACAGUCCCUUAACAAAGCUGCCACGUGUGGGGACAAUUGUAUUAAAAUCCAUGACCUCUCGGAACUAAAAGAAAUGUAUGCUAUAAUAAAUAUGGAUGAUGAAAAUAAAGGCUUGGGUAGUCUGUCUUGGACAGAUGAUGGCCAGUUGCUGGCAGUGUCUACUCAAAGAGGCUCACUCCAUGUUUUCCUGACCAAACUUCCUGUUCUUGGGGACAACUGCAGCACACGGAUUGCGUAUCUCACCUCCCUUCUCGAAGUGACAGUAGCCAAUCCUGUUGAAGGAGAGCUACCCAUCACUGUUUCUGUUGACGUGGAGCCCAACUUCUUAGCUAUUGGUCUUUAUCAUCUAGCUGUGGGGAUGAACAAUCGGGCCUGGUUCUAUGCACUUGGAGAGGGCUAUGUGAAAAAAUUGAAAGACGUUGAAUAUCUGGGAACAGUCGCUAAAAUGUGCCUUCAUUCUGACUAUGCUGCUGUACUUUUUGAGGGCAAAAUACAGUUACAUAUGAUAGAAAGUGAGAUUUUAGAAGCCGAAGAAGAACGUGAGACUCGACUUUUUCCAGAGGUGGAUGACAGAUGUCGAAUUUUGUGCCAUGCUUUAACUGGAGAUUUCCUGAUUUAUGGCACAGAUACUGGUGUUAUUAGGUAUUUCUUUAUUGAAGAUUGGCAAUAUGUGAAUGAAUAUCGACAUCCUGUCAGUGUGAAAAAAGUUUUUCCUGAUCCUAAUGGGACAAAAUUGGUAUUCAUUGAUGAAAAAAGUGAAGGAUUUGUCUACUGUCCUGUUAAUGAUAUCAGCUAUGAAAUUCCAAAUUUCCCACCAACUAUUAAAGGUAUUCUUUGGGAAAACUGGCCUUUGGAUAAAGGUGUAUUUAUUGCCUAUGAUGAUGACAAGGUGUAUACAUUUGUCUUUCAUAAGGAUACUAUACAAGGUUCCAAAGUAAUUUUGGCAGGUGGUACCAAAGUUCCAUUUUCUCAUAAACCAUUGCUGUUAUAUAAUGGAGAAUUAACGUGCCAGACACAGAGUGGAAAAACCAACAAUAUCUAUCUCACCACCCAUAACUUCCUUGGCAGUUUAAAAGACCCUGAGCCCAGUGAACUGAAACAAAUGCUGACACAGGCUUUAAUGCUGAAAAGAUUUUCUGAUGCAUGGGAAUUGUGCAAAAUCCUCAAUGAUCAAGAUACUUGGAAUGAACUUGCCAGAGCCUGCCUACAUCACAUGGAGGUGGAGUUUGCCAUCCGAGUUUAUCGGACAAUUGGAAAUGUUGGAAUGGUGAUGUCUCUAGAACAAGUAAAGGGAAUAGAAGAUCAUAACCUUCUGGCGGGACAUCUUGCCAUGUUUUCAAAUAAUUUCAGUCUGGCUCAGGAUCUUUAUUUGUCAUCUAUCUAUCCUUUUGCUGCACUGGAGAUGAGACAAGAUUUGCAACAUUGGGACAGUGCACUACAGCUUGCUAAACGUCUUGCUCCGGAACAAAUCCCAUUCAUAUCAAAGGAGUAUGCUGUUCAGCUUGAGUUCACGGGUGAUUAUGUAAAUGCUUUGGCUCAUUAUGAGAAAGGAAUAACAGGUGAUGAUAAGCACCUAGAACAUGAUGAGGCCUGUCUAGCUGGAGUGGCUCAAAUGUCUAUUAGAAUGGGGGAUAUUCGCCGUGGAGUUAACCAAGCCGUCAAACAUCCAAGUCGACUCCUGAAAAGGGAUUGUGGUGCUAUUCUGGAAAAUAUGAAGCAAUUCUCAGAAGCAGCCCAACUGUACGAAAAAGGGCAGUACUAUGACAAAGCAGCAUCUGUUUAUAUUCGCUGUAAAAACUGGGCAAAAGUUGGUGAGCUUCUGCCUAACGUUUCUUCUCCUAAGAUCCAUCUACAGUAUGCCAAAGCUAAAGAAGCAGAUGGAAGAUAUAAAGAAGCUGUUGUUGCUUAUGAAAAUGCAAAACAAUGGAACAGUGUAAUCCGAAUCUAUUUGGAUCACCUUAAUAAUCCCGAAAAGGCUGUCCAAAUUGUCAGAGAAACCCAGUCUCUCGAUGGAGCCAAAAUGGUAGCCAGAUUCUUUCUUCAGUUGGGUGACUAUGGCUCUGCUAUCCAGUUUCUUGUUAUGUCCAAAUGUAAUCAUGAGGCUUUUACCCUAGCCCAGCAGCACAAUCAGAUGGAGAUCUAUGCAGACAUCAUUGGUUCUGCAGACACUAGUAACGAAGACUAUCAGAGCAUCGCAGUAUACUUUGAAGGAGAAAAGAAGCAUCUUCAAGCUGGAAAAUUCUUCUUCUUAUGUGGCCAAUAUGCACGGGCACUUAAACAAUUCUUGAAAUGCCCCAACACAGAAGAUAAUACAGCAAUAGAAAUGGCAAUCGAAACAGUUGGGCAUGCUAAGGAUGAAGUUUUAACUAAUCAGCUAAUUGAUCAUCUCUUGGGUGAGAAUGAUGGUAUGCCUAAGGAUGCCAAAUAUCUUUUCCGCUUGUACAUGGCUCUGAAACAAUACAGAGAAGCUGCUAGGACUGCUAUUAUAAUUGCCAGAGAAGAGCAAUCAGCAGGAAACUAUCGAAAUGCCCACGAUGUUCUCUUCAGCAUGUAUGCAGAGUUAAAAACCCAGAAAAUCCAGAUUCCUUCCGAGAUGGCUACGAAUCUCAUGAUUCUGCACAGCUACAUUUUAGUGAAGAUUCAUGUUAAAAGUGGAGAUCAUAUGAAGGGAGCCCGAAUGCUUAUUCGAGUGGCCAACAACAUCAGUAAAUUCCCAUCACACAUCGUACCUAUCUUGACUUCUACAGUCAUAGAAUGUCACAGAGCAGGCCUAAAAAACUCUGCUUUCAGUUUCGCUGCUAUGUUGAUGAGACCCGAGUAUCGCAGUAAAAUAGAUAUCAAAUAUAAAAAGAAAAUUGAAGCAAUGGUGAGGCGACCUGACACAUCAGAAAUUGAAGAGGUUUCAACACCAUGUCCAUUUUGUGAAUUCCUGCUCCCUGAAUCUGAACUACUCUGCCCUGGAUGCAAAAAUAAUAUUCCAUAUUGCAUCGCCACCGGUCGGCAUAUGCUAAAAAAUGACUGGACCGUGUGUCCACACUGUGACUUUCCUGCUUUAUACUCAGAAUUCAAAAUCAUGCUCACUACAGAGAACACAUGUCCUAUGUGUUCAGAGAGGUUAACCAGUGAUCAGCUUCAAAAACCAACAGAUUUUACACCACACCCCAGAGGAGAAGUGGAACAAUGAAUAAUGAUACAUCCAGGUACUAAAGUAGUUCAGUCAACCAGUCAACAAGUACACACAGCCCCAGGAUAAAAGAGAGAGAAAUACUUACAGUAGGACAAAUCCAAAGAGUACUCCAGUGAAAGAUGUGUGAGGACUAUCUAGUAAUGAUAUUUUUUCAACAGCUUUCACAUUGAGGAUUAACCUUCAAAAUGAGAAGACAUCUUGAGAUUUAUCUUCUUCAGUAGUGAUGCUAUUAUUUAAAACAUUUUUAGACUUCUUUCUUUUAGAUUGCCAUUUGCCAUUUUAUGAACCAUCCAAGAAAACAGGUCUCUUUUUUCAAAUCAACAAAUGUUUAUUAAGCCCCUGCUAUAUAUACACAAAGUACUACACUAAAGCAUUGAAUUUAUAAAAAAUAAUAAUAAACCUGAUAUUUGCAUAGCACUUUAAUAUUUAUAACUUAUUCAUUGGAUCCUGAUAAGGUAGAAGGUAAACACUGCAGAUUUUUCCCAUUUUAUAGGUGAGGGCUCUGAAGCAGAAAGGUUAAGUGAUUAUGCUAUGGCCACUAAUUCAUCAAUGUCAGAGGUGGGAUUCGAACAGUUUCUCCCGACUCCCAAGCCCAGCCCACACUGAGUGCAAGGGGCCUUGCUGCCAGCCCGUGAGAAACCAACUUCUCUGGGGGAUGCCCAACCCAAGCACAAGCACAGAAGAGCAGGAGAAAAAAAAAUAAAAAAUAAAAAAAAAAAAGAAGAGCAUGAGAGGCAGGCGCCAGUUGAGGCGGGCACCCAUCCUGCCAGCAGCGUCGCCGCUCAGCCCCCAGGAUGCCGAGAGCCUGAGACAACUUCACAGAGUGGGGGCUUGUGUGCUCAUUGAACUGAAACUGAGUUUGCAAUUUGCAGAGUGAACGGAAACUAACCCCCAGCUGCUCAGAACCCUGCACGAUGUAAAUCAGGCCUUCACGGCAUGUGUAUUAAAAAAUGAAAAGCUCUGCCGAUGGAAGCUCUCAAGGGCAGUGACGCAGUUCCCUGAGGUCUUCCUCCAGUGCACAGAGGAAGUACUUAAAAGACAACUUGAUUGACAAAAAUGGCUCAUGACAACACGCACAGAGUUUCCCAAACCCCCUGAAAAUGAGGCUAUUGUAAAAGAUUCAGAAACUGCACCAGAAUAUAGUAGAGCUGAUGUUAAUAUUCAGCAAUCCAAUUCUACAACCAGCAAGUAAUACAGAAACUGCACCAAAGGUUCUUAACAUGCACCUCAGGGAUGUUUUUCCCUUCUAUCUUGUUUUAUAAACAGUAUUUCAAUAGAAUUGGUUUCUUUUUAAGUCUAUGUAGAUCUUAUUUUCUGAAUUUAAAAACAUUCUGAGAAAAUGUCUGAUGCAAAAUAAGGUUAAGAAGCCCUGAACUAAGCCUCAACAUUCCACAUGUAUUUAGUUGGUACUGAAUCGAGUUAGGAAGAUGCCAGUUCUCUUUUAUAGGCACAAUCUCAACUAUAUAAAUAUAUAUAUAUCCAUUUUUUCCUAAUUCUGUGACUUACCUUACCAUGACUAAAGGUCUACAAAACAAAAAGACUAGACAACAACCACCAUUUUGUCAACAAGUGAGGGAGAGGGGAGUUUCAUUUCCCCCAAUCCCAGCACACUUUUUUUUAUAUUAAUAUAUAGUAAUACUUUCUUCAUAAGGAAGUUAGAGGAAAUAGAUCCAGACCAGAUUGAAUUAGCACAAAUUAUGAAUCUGUGAUACUCAAAACAAUUUUUUAAAUUAUUCUUGAAAGAAAAAAAGUCAUUCUUUCUUGAAGUCUCCUUAUUCAAGAAGCAGCUACCCCAAGGAAUGUUAGCUUCCUUAAAAGUAAUAAUAAUUUCUGUUGUACUUCAGUGAUUCACUGAAAAAUGCAACUUAUCAGCUCUUAAAAGCAAGCUGUUUUCAACUCCAUCCCAACUUAAUAUCAAUUGUCACUCAAUAUUUUUCAUUCCUUUUAUCAAUUCUUUGUACCUUAAAGAUGUAUUUUACCUGUCUUUUUUUAAUAAAAAAGGUUCAUUCAGUA